UUCUUGAUCUUCUUGAAGUUUUAUUUUCUUUUGCUAUGUAUUGAUUUGGGGUUGAAGAAUUUAGUGUUUGUGUAUUUUUUAGUUGUCAAAUGCAAAUUAUCUGUGUACGUUUUUGAUUGGUUCAUUUUAUAUACAUUUGGACUAUUUUCAACUCUGGUAAACAAUGCACUACUAUUGAAAAACUUAUUUGAAAAUUUUUAGGUUGACACUUAGAUAUUUAUAAGUUGAUUUGAGAGGUAAACUUCCACUUAUACAAUCUUUAGAAACUUUUUAGGUUGUUAAUCAAAGUGAAUGUCAUGAACCAUUCACUUGUGUACUUUAUAGGUUUGUUUUUAAGUUGGUUUGAUAGUCAAAGAGGCACUUAGACACUUCUUAGGUAGUUUUUAAGUUGGUUUGAGGGUGAAAUUGUUGUUGAAGUAAUUUUGAGACUUGAAAUGCUACUUUCACACAUUUUAAAAACCUUUUAGGUUGGCAUUGAGUUUGAAAGUCAAACUUAGGAAUUUUUAGGUUGGUUUUGGUUUUCACCUUGAAAGUCUCAUUUAGGCAUUUUAAAGAUACGUUGAUAGUUAAAGUAACACUUAGACACUUAUUGGGUACUUUUUAGAUUGAUUUGAAAGUAAAAUUGAUAUUUUGAAGUAAUAUUUGAGAUUUGGAGUGCUACUUUCACAAAAGCCCAUGGGAUGUCUCGAAUCCGAAGCAGCCACCAAGCAAAUCCCUAACCCAAGUUGGAGUGCCCGAAUCCAACCCUAGCCUGCCCGAUUUCCUUCCGUUCUUUUCCUCUAUGUAGAUCAUCCUACCGUUUCCCAGAUUUCCGACCACAAACACCUUCCUAUCUAUUUUGAACUUUCCCAUCUUGUAGCUUUCCUUACAGUUUUUGAGAGAAAAGUUAGAGAGAGAAUAGGGAAUCUACUUUUUUGAGGAUCUAUAUUGUUCGUCGUUAAUGCCUUCACAAUCUAUUGGAUGUGGCAGAAACCUUAAACCUGGUUUUUUGGUGAAGAGAUCCUUGUAAUAACGGAUGAAUUCAGCUUUAAUUGAGAUGUUGACGUUUAUUACUUAUUAGGACACAGCCAGCAUAGCUCUUGAUGGAUCCGCCGGCCCAGAAUACUUCAUUGCAGCGCCUCCAAAAUGUUGAGAAGAGAAUUGUGAGGGUUUUGGAGCUAGCAGGAGGAGUCAUGGAAGAGCUUGCCAACCCAGCUGGUCCAAGAAAGGAAUUUGUCAACAAUCAUUGCAGUGAGUUCAUGCAAUUUAUCAAGGAUAUCCAAGUUACAUUGCGGGAUGAAAUCAAAAGUGCAUGUGAAUAUCGUCCAUUUGAGAAGUGUGAUUAUAGUUCAAGGAUUACUAACGAACUUUGCUGCAAGAAACUGGAAUAUAUGAUUUCGAAGUUGGAUGGAAUGAAACAAACUAUUGAUGAUUAUCAAGUGAAAAUGGAAGAUUCUUGAGUCACAUGUCCUAUUGAGCUUCUAAUCUAUCUCUGCCACUUUCCCCAUUUGUAGAAACGAAAGGUUGAAGGAGAACUUCAGUCAUGUAUGUAUAUAAUCUAUCUCUAGUUGAGCUGAUAGCAUCCACUUUUGAAUGUUGAUUCAUACAAAGAUUCUACUAUACAGUAUAUCUGUUUUAUUAUCCUAUCAUCUGUGUUUUUUAGUAUCAAUUUCGAGAAGGUGACAAAUCCAAAUCCAGGUAGAUCUUCUAUCUCAAGGGAUGUAAACUAUUCCUUGUUUUUUCUUUAAUCUAUGGCCUUUUCUGUACUUUGGCAUGGACCAUAUCACAUUGGCUGUAUACAUUUUCUUCCUUUUGUUUUUGUCAUAGAGACUGUCACCUUCUCAAUAGUAAACGGUUGUUUUUCUGGUUUACUUGGAACUAUUGGGCUGUUUGGUGAACCGUGAUGGAAUGAGUUUGCAAUGUAAUAUACUCGAAAACUCUAUGUUUGGAUUAGGUGUGUUGGGCUUGAUUUGUAAUACUAAACUUAUUCAAUUCUAACAGUUUUCAAUCCAAUAUUCUUUUUUACUA